AUAUAUAAUAAUACUCUAACACAACACUUGCAUCUCUAUCCAAACCUUUCUCUACCAAAUAUCUCUUCAAAAUGAUUCACAACAGCUGGAGCAGAGGCCGGAUUCUCGGCCGUGGCUCCACGGCGACCGUCUCGAUCGCCACAGCCCACCAGGCUGGUCUAGUUUUUGCUGUUAAAUCAGCUGAGCUUUCCGAAUCAGAAUUCUUACAGAAGGAGCAGAGGAUUCUUUCGGCAAUAACUAGCUGCCCUCAAAUUGUAGCAUACAAAGGAUUCGAUGUUACCCGAGAAGACGGUAAGCUCUUUUAUAAUGUUUUCUUGGAAUACGCGCCUGGCGGGACUCUUGCUGAUGCAAUUCGGGAGCAUGGAGGUUGUCUUUAUGAAGACAUGAUCAGAUCAUACGCUAAGAACAUCUUGUUGGGACUUGAACAUCUUCAUUCUAAUGGGAUUGUACACUGUGACAUUAAGACCCGUAACAUUUUGGUCAGCGGUGAUGGCCUAAAAAUUGCUGACUUGGGUUGUGCUAGGAAAGUCAAUGAUGAUGAGGUGUUAGCAAAUGAUUGGGACGCCAAGACUCCAAUUGCCGGCACACCUGUCUACAUGGCACCUGAGGUAGCGCGUGGCGAACACCAAAGCUUUCCUGCUGAUGUGUGGGCUCUUGGUUGUACCGUUGUUGAGAUGACCACUGGGAGGGCUCCGUGGUCCAAUGUUUCAGAUGCUAUGUCCGCCCUUUACCAAAUUGGGUAUUCAGGUAAUGUGCCGGAGAUACCAAGCUCUAUGUCAAAGCGAGCCAGAGACUUUAUCACGCAGUGCUUGAAGAGAGAGCCGACAGAAAGGUGGUCAGCAAGUGAACUGCUAAAACACGAUUUUAUAACAGAGGAGCCAACCUCUGUUUCCAGUUCUAAUUCUUACGUGGAUACUCCCACGAGUGUAUUAGAUCAGGCUCUAUGGGAGGACAUGGAGGCAACUUUGAAAGGGACCAAUUCCUUUCCGGCUGAAAGAAUAAAGCAAUUGACCGGAGCCACAUCAUCGAACUACUGGGCAUUGGAUGACGAUUCUUGGCUCACUGUGCGAAGCAAGGAUUCCCACUCAGUAGAUUUUUAUGAGGCUUCGAUCACAGAUAGUUGGUCGGAGAUAUUUUGGUUUAGAGGGGAACAUAAUUUGAAUAAUGUUAUUCCUAAUGAGCCCACAAACAUUGGUGGGAUAAGCACAUUGUACAUUACAAAUAGUGGCAAUUGUAAAGAUAAUAUAUGCAGAUGUAUUAAAAUAGAUGAUGUCAAUGACACUUGUAAUUUUGUCCAGGAAAAAUUGAUUCAUUCUAUUUCAGCAUUGAAUUUAACAAGAAAAUUAAAACCUAAUUUCUCUUUAAUCUCUCUCUUUUGUAUGUCUUUUCUCUCCACACUUACAACAAUCCAUAAAUCAGUAUUAAACCAUCAUCAGCAAAACCACUUUGAACAUGUUAAAUAA